AGGCGGGGGUUGCGGAAUAUGCUAAUUUCCCCGGAGGAAGUGAGUCUAUGGUUUUGGAAUUCACUGAAAGUGGAGUAGAUAUUUAGGUAUCUUUGCUUGGUUGGCAAAAGAUGUGAUAGUCCCCAAACAAAAUGCCUCACUUCACAGUUGUUCCAGUUGAAGAGCAAGCUAGAUUGGGAUGUGAUUACUUGGAAGGCCUUAACGGAGUGGAUUAUAGGGACACAGGGCACAGUUCUCGGGAUCCCUACGACAGCGUUAGUUCCGACGGUCAUGGAAAUUACAAAGAGAAUAGUCCAUUUCUUACUGGUUCAGAGGCUAAUAAAGGAAAUCAGUUUUAUGACAAAAAUCUGGCCUUAUUUGAGGAAGAGCUUGAUAUUCGACCUAAAGUUUCAUCAUUUCUCAGUCGUCUUGUUAACUACACAAACCUUACCCAAGGUGCCAAAGAACAUGAAGAGGCUGAGGAAGCUCGAAGAAAAGUUAACAAAUCUCCUUGCAUGGGAACAGUAAUGGGUGUCUACCUUCCUUGCAUGCAAAACAUCCUUGGUGUAAUCUUGUUUCUUCGCCUAACCUGGAUUGUCGGCACUGGUGGAGUACUACAGACCCUUUUGAUUACUCUAAUCUGCUGCUGCUGUACUCUGCUUACAGCCAUUUCAAUGAGUGCAAUAGCUACCAAUGGAGUUGUGCCAGCUGGUGGAUCAUACUUUAUGAUUUCUCGUUCCCUUGGCCCAGAAUUUGGAGGUGCUGUGGGUCUGUGCUUCUAUUUGGGGACUACAUUUGCAGGAGCUAUGUAUAUUUUGGGAGCUAUUGAGAUACUUCUGAUGUAUAUUGUUCCUGAGGCUGCCAUCUUUCACUCUCCAAACACUCACGAAGACUCUAGUGCAAAGCUAAACAAUAUGCGUGUUUAUGGCACAGUCUUUCUCACUUUGAUGGCAAUCAUUGUGUUUGUUGGCGUUAAGUAUGUGAACAAAUUUGCAUCUCUCUUCUUGGCUUGUGUGAUUAUUUCCAUCCUGUCAAUAUAUGCUGGAUCCAUCAAAUCUAUCUUUGAUCCUCCUGUUUUUCCGAUUUGCAUGCUGGGCAAUAGGACUCUUUCCAGAGAUCGGUUUGAAAUUUGUGCCAAAACUAUCAUUCUAGACAAUGUAACAAAGCCUACAACAUUAUGGGAGCAGUUCUGUGGGUCCUCCAAUUUUUCCACCAGUAGCUGUGAUCAAUAUUUCCUUAAAAACAAUGUAACUGAGAUUGCUGGGAUUCCAGGGGCUGCAAGUGGUAUUUUAAAAGAUAAUCUGUGGAGUAAUUAUUUACAGAAGGGGGAAAUUCUGGAAAAAUCUCAACUUUCUUCAGUUGAUGAACUAGGAUCCAAAAGUAAUCUCCACCUGUAUGUUCUGACAGACAUCUCUGCUACAUUCACUGUACUUGUGGGCAUUUUUUUUCCUUCUGUCACUGGUAUCAUGGCUGGAAGUAAUCGGUCAGGGGAUCUGCGGGAUGCCCAGAAAUCCAUUCCUGUAGGAACCAUACUUGCUAUUAUCACCACCUCAUUUAUUUAUUUUAGCACUGUUGUUCUGUUUGGCGCUUGCAUUGAAGGAGUGGUUUUGCGUGACAAAUAUGGAGAUGCAGUGAACAAAAAUUUGGUUGUGGGGACACUGUCUUGGCCUUCUCCAUGGGUUAUUGUCAUCGGUUCAUUUUUUUCAACUUGUGGGGCUGGAUUGCAGAGCUUAACAGGAGCUCCACGGUUACUACAAGCAAUUGCAAAUGACAAUAUUAUUCCAUUCCUGAGGGUAUUUGGACAGGGAAAAGUAAAUGGUGAGCCAACCUGGGCCCUUCUACUGACUGCUUUCAUAGCAGAGUUAGGAAUUCUGAUUGCUUCACUGGACAUGGUGGCACCAAUCUUAUCAAUGUUCUUUCUGAUGUGUUACUUAUUUGUUAAUUUGGCAUGUGCAGUGCAGACACUCCUGAGAACGCCAAACUGGAGACCAAGGUUUAAAUAUUAUCACUGGGCACUCUCUUUCUUUGGAAUGAGUAUCUGCUUGGCCUUGAUGUUUGUCUGUUCCUGGUACUAUGCUUUGAUAGCAAUGCUAAUCGCUGGAAUGAUUUACAAAUAUAUAGAAUACCAAGGAGCAGAGAAGGAAUGGGGAGAUGGCAUCAGAGGUCUGUCUCUAAGUGCAGCCAGAUAUGCUUUACUAAGACUGGAAGAGGGACCACCACACACCAAAAACUGGAGACCUCAACUGUUGGUUCUUUUAAAGCUAGAUGAAGACCUUCAUGUUAAAUAUCCACGUCUACUUACAUUUUCCUCCCAGCUAAAAGCUGGCAAAGGUUUAACAAUAAUUGGCACCACCCUUCAAGGAAACUUUUUGGAGAGCUAUGGAGAGGUUCAGGCUGCUGAGCAGACCAUUAAAAACAUGAUGGAGAUUGAGAAAGUCAAAGGAUUUUCCCAGGUUGUGGUUUCCAGCGAAGUUUGUGAUGGAAUUUCACAUCUAAUUCAGUCAUGUGGACUUGGAGGAAUGAAGCAUAAUACAGUACUGCUGGGAUGGCCAUAUGGUUGGAGGCAGAGUGAAGACCCUCGCUCUUGGAAGACGUUUAUUGAUGCUGUACGCUGCACAACUGCAGCUCGCUUGGCACUGAUGGUGCCAAAAAAUGUUUCCUUUUACCCCAGCAACCAUGAACGCUAUCUGGAGGGAAAUAUUGAUGUCUGGUGGAUUGUACAUGAUGGCGGUAUGCUAAUGCUCCUGCCUUUUCUACUGAAACAACACAAGGUCUGGAAAAAGUGCAAAAUGCGCAUUUUUACUGUGGCUCAGUUGGAUGACAAUAGUAUCCAAAUGAAGAAAGACCUGGCAACAUUCCUUUAUCACUUGCGUCUAGAAGCAGAAGUUGAAGUAGUGGAAAUGCACAAUAGUGACAUCUCUGCAUACACAUAUGAGCGGACACUGAUGAUGGAGCAGCGAUCACAGAUGCUUAGACAGAUGCGUCUCACAAAAACAGAAAGGGAUAGGGAGGCUCAAUUGGUGAAGGAUAGAAAUUCCAUCAUUCCUGUUGAGAGUUACUAUUCUGAUGAGGAGGAUGAAGAGCCAGAAUUGGAGCUAGCUAAGAUACAUAUGACUUGGACAAAAGAUAAAUAUAAUGCUCAAUGGAAAAACAGAAACAAUGAAACAAUGCAUUUUAGGGAGCUUGCAGAUAUAAAGCCGGACCAGUCUAAUGUUCGACGGAUGCACACUGCAGUUAAACUAAAUGAGGUCAUAGUGACAAGGUCACAUGAUGCCAAAUUAGUUCUUCUCAACAUGCCAGGUCCCCCCAAAAAUACAGAUGGGGAUGAAAACUACAUGGAAUUUCUUGAAGUACUCACUGAAGGUUUGGAGAGGGUCCUGUUGGUACGUGGGGGAGGACGAGAAGUAAUCACCAUCUAUUCAUAAUCCACUGUUUCUGACAUACAACUUUGAACUUUGCCUUCAGAUUAAGCUUAUAAACAAGCAGGAAAAAAAUAUCUUAGACUAAUUUUACAUCUUUGGUUUGAAGGAUCUAUAAAUCUACGAAAGCAAUGAACUACAGCACAACCCAUGGUUAUAAAGACUGUGCCUUGUCUAUAAAGCAAAAGGUAUAGAUAUUCAGCCGCUACCUUAUUUUCACAUAUUUAUUACGUUAGUACUCGUUUUAAAAGGGUUAGUGCAAGUUUGAAAGUGGCAUUCUUAAGUUAAAAAGUAACUUAUUUUCACUAAAUUUUUUAAUGAAGUAGUCAAAUUAAAAUUACAUAACACAAAAGUAGUACUAAUUUACAUUAUUUUCCCUUAGCCCUUCUACUAACAUCUUCUACUAAAUCCUCGCAGUUGUACCUUGAGUUGAAUAGCUUGCCAUGAAACCUGUACCUACAUCUGCAGGCAAAAUAUUACUCAUUUUACGGUGUUGUUACAAACUUAAAAGUCAUGUUUAAAUAUUGAGUGACCCUCAAACAUGCAUUAACUCUUUUUUUCUACUAGUAAUCUAGGCAUUUGUCUAAGAAAACAUUAAAGAAACCUCCAAUUAUAUGUAAAAGUAUAAAUAUUAGAAAGAAAGAGGCGGUGUCUCAAUAAAAACAUAUGACCUUGUUGCAGGCCUGGACUGAGAUUAAAAAGCCCUAAGCCCUGGCAUUUAUAGCACACAGAUCUAAAGAGCCCCCACCAGUCCACUAAAUAUUGACUGUCUGUGCCAUCUUACAGCAGCCCCUCUGGCAUUUGCCAGAAUCCAAAGAUUGCCAGUCAGUGCCUGAACACUAUUCUGAAAAGAAAAGAAGUCAAAUAAAAUCCUUUUUUUAUUGUUUGGCAUGAAUUGGGUUAAAGUAAUUAAAGUCAAAUAAAGACUCCUUUUUUUUUUUUUUUUUUUUUUUUAAACCUUCAUCUAAUCAUGCAUCAGAUCAAUUCCUAGGAAUGUGCUUGUAUGUGCAAUUAUGCAAAUAUCCAUACCAGUCUUUCUUCUGAGGGUACCCACACUUCACACUGACUGGAUAACACAAUCCAGUUUGAAGCUGGCCUUAUACAGGAAUUUUCUCAAUUAGUAAUUAAAGUAUAUUUACAUGUUUUAGCCCA